UAAUAAUAAUAAUAAUAAUAAUAAUAUGUAUGACUUAACUAUCAGUUCUGAAGAAGAUGAUCUUAGAAAGCAGUACAGACUUAAUAAUAACAUUAAUAAUGUUGACGGAAUUGAGUCGAGAAUCAUCGAUACCUCAAAUUCAACUAAAUUGAUGUUGAUUAUUCCAAAGGGAACAAAUAAAAACCCAGAUGAAAAGAAAUUAGAAAAUGAAAAAGAAAUUCAAAAUGAAAUUCAAAAUGAAACUCAAAAUAAAAUCAAUGAAGCAGAACAACAAAAGACAAAUCACCCACCAGCUCAAAAACAGGUCCAAUUCAAGAAUGAAUUGAAAUCUGAGUUUAAUCAACAAACUAACGAAGAUCGCGAUCAAGUCAAAAACACAAAUUCUAUCAUUAAUAAUAUUUCUACCACCAACAACAAUGAUAAUAAUAUUAUAAGAAUUCCAAUUGAUUUCAUUGAAGAAAAUUCAAAACCAGUUGAUGUCAGCGUUUCAAACACAAAGGAUUCAAUCAAUCAAAAAGAAAAAAAUAUUGAUUCUGAAGUUGGACCAUCAACUGAAUCUAAGUUAGAUACUGAAAUAAAAGUUGACUCUAGUGUUGAACAAGCUGCUGCUAAACAAACCACUAAGAAAACUGAGAAUGAAGACGAAGUGGAUGUUGAUUCUGAUUACCAAAAUAUAUCCAAAAGCAAAUUAAAUGAUGAUAGUGAGACGAAUCAUAAAGAUAGUAUCGGUUUUAAUGAAGGCUCUAAAUAUAAUGAUAAAACUGAAAAACUACUCCAACAUGAUAAUAAAAGCAACACAUCAGUUGGUUCAAAUAAAUCAAAGAGAUCACCAGUGCUUCGAAAUGUGGAUUUUGAUUUUGAAGAAUUUUAGGAUAUAUUGAUAUUAAGAUAGUUUAUAUAUCGGCAUGAACUUCGAUUUUUGAUUUUCAAUUUUAGUCUCUAAUCAAUUAGUUUUUAUUUAGUUUUUAUUUAGUUUUUAU